AUGGCAUUGGAUGUUGCUGAAUUUCUCUGGACCAAGUUCUUGAGCUCCCUUGACGCAGAUUCCGAAUUAUCAGGUUCGACUUUCUUCUCUUAUUUCAGAGCAAUAAUAAAUGUCGUCAAAAAGACACAAGUACUGCCGGAACCGUACACCUACUGUGACAGUAUUCGUAUGCUCUACGAGCUCAACGACGCAUUGGCCGAGUGCCAAAUCUUCAUACGGGAUUGCAAGAAGCGUAAUAAGAAGCUCUUACUCUUCAACCCUUUAACCCAUGUUUUCGCUCACAGGAUGAAGAGUCGGCUGACCAGAAUAAAAGAGGAUCUUAUGAAUUUGGCGGUCCAAAGAGAACGGGAUCGUGAGAAUUUGGCGGCCGCACGAGAAGAAAUUAGGCAGCCCCCGGAUUUGAUCACCGUGGAAGGACCAAUACUUUCGUCGGAAGUUUUUGGAUUUGAUGAGUAUGUGGAGAAAAUUGAGGGUUUGCUCAUUGAAGGGGGCUCUAGCCAUACCCCAUUUAUGGGAAUUGGGGUAGUUGGGAUUGCUGGCGUGGGUAAGACCACUCUGGUGCGAAAGGUUUUGAAGAGCAAGAAAGUGAGGGGUGAGUUUAACCCUAUAAUAUGGUUACCCUUUUCGGGUAUGUGGGAAGAAGGAGGAGGUUUAAGUGCGUUCAGCUUUGAGGCAUGGAUUCUUGAUAAUUUGGGCAAUGCUGUAGACAAGAAGAUUGUAGGCAUUGGUAUGCUCUUAGAAAUGCUUAACCAAAAUUUAUCCGGCUGGACAGGCUGGAGAAGCUCAGUUCUACCCCUAGCAAGGCCAAAUUCAAAGCUGUAG